AUGAACGCUGGAAGCAAAUACACUUAUAUUGGUCGUGAUGAAGACGAGGAAAUGGAGUUAGAUACUGAAGAAGUUCAAGUAUCACCAUACCCACAACAACCACAACAACAACAACAACCACAACAACAACAGCAACAGCAACAACAACAACAACAAAGUCAAGGUUUCUUUUCAAGUCUAUUUGGAAGUAAACCAGCACCACCUGUACAACAACAACAACAACAACAACAACAACAACAAUCACCAUUUAGUAAUAUAAAUAGUAAUAAUAAUAAUAAUAACUCUUCACCAUAUAGAGGAGCACCAAAAGUUAAAAAGGUAGUUAAAAAAGCUACAACUAAUAUUUUAAAUGUUAGUCUUGGUACAUUGAGUAAUGAAACCAAGAUUGCUACUGGAGAUCCAAUCUUUUGUAGCAGUUGCAAGGUUGCAUUCUCCAAUAUCAACCAAUUCAAGAAACUUGAUAGUGGUGAUGGAGAAUCGUUUGACAAUGUUGCCACUGCUGGAGGUUACAAUACCGAAACCAACAAAUGGGAGUGCGAGUUUUGUGGAGAGACUUCUACCAUUCAAUUGCAACCAGAGGAGAUCCCAAAGACCAAUAUUGUAGAUUAUGUCCUCGAAGCACCACCUGUAUCAACUACUACUGUUGAUAGUAACAACAAUAAUACUACCGCUGCUGUUACUGCCACACCAACACAUGAAGAUGAUGAAUCAUAUGUAAUCUUUUGUAUUGAUACUAGUGGUAGUAUGCAAUGUUCGUAUGAAGUACCUGAAAAGAUACCACCAAAGUACCAAACUGCCGAUCAGUUGAAUGCUGCCAAGUUGCAACAAUCCAUGUUGCGUAGCCAAGGUAAUAUGUUUGUUAAUACUCCUCAACGUCACUAUGUGACACGUUUACAAUGCGUGCAAUAUGGAAUUGACUCGCAGCUCGAGACACUCCAAAAAGAGUAUCCCAAUAGACGUGUCGGAGUGGUUGCAUUCAGUCAUGGAGUCACUAUUAUCGGUGAUGGAACUAGUCCAGUCCAAGUAGUCGACCAAUCCAAGGUCGAGGAUGUCGGACAGUUGUUGGAGAUUGGAUCGUCGUACACGUUAAAUUCACCAGUAUCAAAGUCGUGCGAGUCACUUGCUCGCAAGGUGUUUGCCCUCGAUGCCCAGGGUAGCACUGCGCUCGGACCAGCUGUUGCCGUCGCCGUCGGUAUGGCUUCGCGUGUGCGUGGAAGCAAGAUUGUUGUUUGCACGGACGGUCUCUCCAACGUGGGUGUCGGUGCCGUCGAGAACAAGAAAUUAGAGGAUGUACAAAAGUUCUUUAACCAGAUGGUCGACCACUGCGUACGUUCCGGUACGACCGUCGCAGUACUCGGUAUCAAGGGUGCCGACUGCAAACUCGAAGAAUUGGGUAAGUUGGCCGAACAGACAAACGGAGACGUCAACAUUGUCGACCCCGUCUCUCUCAAGGAGGAGUUCAAGUCUGUGCUUGCUUUGCCCGUCCUCGCUACCAACGUGUCGAUCAAAGUACGUUUGCACGCAGGUCUCUAUAUCCAAGACCCAACCCUUCUCGCAUCACUCCAAUCAUUUAUUGAAAAGGAGGUAGGUAAUGUCAACCAAGACACAACCGUCUCAUUCGAGUAUGGUGUCAACCCAUCCGCCGCUGCCAAGUACGACCUCAGCAAGCUCAAGUCACUUCCCUUCCAACUCCAAAUCUACUACACCACCAUGAAGGGUCUCAAAUGCGUCCGUUUCAUCACCAUGACCAAGGAGACCACCACCAGCCAAGAGGUCGCCAUUGAGAAUGCCGAUAUCGACGCACUCGGUGUCAACCUCGUCCAAACAUCGGCCAAGAUUGCCUCGACCGGUGACUACCACCAAUCGCGUGCCAAAAACUUUACCAACACCACCCUGCUCAACAAUGUCAUUGCCAAGAAGCAGGAAAAGAUCAUGAUGCAACCACAGUCGGCCGCCAACCAACAAAUGUACCAACAACAACAACAGCAACAACAAAUGUGGAACAACCAAGCACAAACCAUCGAGACUCAACUCACCAAAACCAUGCAAAAGGAGUCCAACCAAGUCGAGUCGGUCGAUCUCUACCAACAAAGAUCUAAAAAUAGAUCAGAUGAAUUGGCCAAUGUUUUAUUCAAUCAAAAGUCAAUGAAUACUAGAAAAGCAAAUAAGAAAUUCUAA